AGCCCCUUAUAUAGUGUGGGGGGACGGGUCCUGCUCAGAUCCUCUUUGGGCGGCCUGUGACUGCACGGUCCCUGGUGUUACCUCUCUCAAGAUGCCUGAGCCAGGGAAGAAGCCAGUCUCAGCCUUCAGCAAGAAGCCGAGGUCAGCAGAGGUGGCCGCCGGCAGCCCUGCUGUGUUUGAGGCCGAGACCGAGCGGUCAGGAGUAAAGGUGCGCUGGCAGCGGGGGGGCAGUGACAUCAGCGCCAGUGACAAGUAUGGCCUGGCAGCCGAGGGCACAAGGCACACUCUGACAGUGCGGGACGUGGGCCCUGCCGACCAGGGGUCCUACGCAGUCAUCGCCGGCUCCUCCAAGGUCAAGUUUGACCUCAAGGUCAUAGAAGCGGAGAAGGCAGAGACUGUGCCGGGCCCUGCUCCUGCCCCUGCCCCUGCUGAGGCUCCCGGAGCCCCCGGAGAAGCCCUGGCCUCAGCCACUGAGGAGAAAGGAGGCUCCUCAAGUCCCGAAGGGCCGAGCUCGGCAGCCCCUGAUGGCUCCGGUGCCCCUGAUGACCCCAUCGGCCUCUUUGUGAUGCGGCCACAGGACGGUGAAGUGACAGCAGGUGGCAGUAUCACCUUCUCAGCACGUGUGGCCGGAGCCAGCCUCCUGAAGCCACCCACGGUCAAGUGGUUCAAAGGCAAGUGGGUGGAUCUGAGCAGCAAAGCCGGCCAGCACCUGCAGCUGCACAGCAGCUAUGACCGGACCAGCAAGGUCUACCUGUUUGAGUUGCACAUUACAGAUGCCCAGCCUACCUCUGCGGGCGGCUACCGCUGUGAGGUGUCCACCAAGGACAAGUUUGACAGCUGCAACUUCAAUCUCACUGUCCACGAGGCCGUUGGCCCAGGAGACCUGGACCUCCGAUCAGCUUUCCGACGCACGAGCCUGGCUGGCAGUGGUCGGCGUAUCAGUGACAGCCAUGAGGAUGCCGGAACUCUGGACUUCAGCUCGCUGCUGAAGAAGAGCAGCAGUUUCCGGAGGGACUCCAGGCUGGAGGCGCCAGCCGAGGAGGACGUGUGGGAGAUCCUGCGGCAGGCGUCGCCGUCCGAGUACGAGCGCAUCGCCUUCCAGCACGGCGUCACCGACCUGCGUGGCAUGCUCAAGAGGCUCAAGGGCAUGAAGCGGGAUGAGAAGAAGAGCACAGGUGAGGCCGCCUGCCCCCCAGAGGAGACGGCGCUGGCGCACACACGGUUGUGGUGGGAAGGGAAGAGUCCAGCUUGGCCCAGAGACACUCAGGCAAGAAGAAGGGCCCAGAUUAACCCCAGCCUUGUGUUGGAAAAAACCAAGAAUGCCCAGGUUAGCCCCUGUCCACAAAAAAGAAGGGCACAAAAAAUAAGGGCAAAGUUUAGCCCAGAGACACCUCAUGACCAGCACGGGGCAGGAGGCCACCCGGAGGCUGGCUCUGGCCAGGGGCCCUCUCCCUCUCCCACUCUCUUACUCAUGCCUCGAGCAUCUGGGCUGGCCCGUGCUGGGCCCAAGGUCACAGAGAUUAGUGCGACCAGCCCCUGCUCAGUCUCCAAGGGCCCAGCCAAGGGCCACUUGGGGUCCCUUGAGCCACCACUUCUCUGCAGAGUCCACAAACUGACCAUUGACGACGUCACGCCUGCGGACGAGGCUGACUACAGCUUUGUGCCUGAAGGCUUUGCCUGCAACCUGUCGGCCAAGCUGCACUUUAUGGAGGUCAAGAUCGACUUUGUGCCCAGGCAGGAACCUCCCAAGAUCCACCUGGACUGCCCGGGCCGCAAGCCAGACACCAUCGUGGUUGUGGCUGGGAACAAGCUACGCCUGGAUGUCCCUAUCUCAGGGGACCCUGCUCCCACUGUAAUUUGGCAGAAGACCAUCACACAGAAGAACAAGGUCCCAGCAGGGCCAGCGCCUGAUGCCUCGGGGGAUGCCGCUGCCAGUGACGAGUGGGUGUUUGACAAGAAGCUGCUGUGUGAGACCGAGGGCCGGGUCCGUGUGGAGACCACCAAGGACCGCAGCAUCUUCACUGUGGAGGGGGCCGAGAAGGAAGACGAGGGUGUCUACAUCGUCACGGUGAAGAACCCCGUGGGCGAGGACCAGGUCAACCUCACAGUCAAGGUCAUCGAUGUGCCAGAUGCUCCUGCGGCCCCCAAGAUCAGCAACGUGGGCGAGGACUCCUGCACCGUGCAGUGGGAGCCCCCUGCCUACGACGGUGGCCAGCCGGUCCUGGGCUACAUCCUGGAGCGCAAGAAGAAGAAGAGCUACCGGUGGAUGCGGCUCAACUUCGACCUGCUGCGGGAGCUGAGCCAUGAGGCCCGGCGCAUGAUUGAGGGUGUGGUGUACGAGAUGCGAGUCUACGCUGUCAACGCCAUCGGCAUGUCCAGGCCUAGCCCUGCCUCCCAGCCCUUCAUGCCAAUCGGCCCCCCGAGCGAGCCCACCCACCUGGCGGUGGAGGACGUGACGGACACCACCGUCUCCCUCAAGUGGAGGCCCCCGGAGCGCGCGGGCGCGGGCGGCCUGGACGGCUACAGCGUGGAGUACUGCCGGGAGGGCUGCUCCGAGUGGGUGACGGCCCUGCAGGGGCUGACGGAGCAGACGGCGGUGCUGGUGAAGGACCUGCCCACGGGGGCCCGGCUGCAGUUCCGGGUGCGCGCCCACAACAUGGCAGGGCCCGGAGCCCCCGUCACCACCCAGGAGCCCGUGACGGUGCAGGAGAUACUGCAGCGGCCCCGGCUCCAGUUGCCCAGGCACCUGCGCCAGACCAUCCAGAGAAAGGUUGGGGAGCCCGUGAACCUCCUCAUUCCUUUCCAGGGCAAGCCCCGGCCUCAGGUGACCUGGACCAAAGAGGGGCAGCCCCUGGCAGGCGAGGAGGUGAGCAUCCGCAACAGCCCCACGGACACCAUCCUGUUCAUCCGGGCUGCCCACCGUGCCCACUCUGGCACCUACCAGGUCAUGUUGCGGAUCGAGAACAUGGAGGACAAGGCCACGCUGGUCCUGCAGAUCGUUGACAAGCCAAGCCCUCCCCAGGAUAUUCGGGUCGCCGAAGCCUGGGGUUUCAAUGUGGCUCUGGAGUGGAAGCCACCCCAGGAUGAUGGCAACACAGAGAUCUGGGGUUACACAGUACAGAAAGCUGACAAGAAGACCAUGGAGUGGUUCACUGUCCUAGAGCAUUACCGCCGCACUCACUGCGUGGUGUCAGAGCUCAUCAUUGGCAACGGCUACUACUUCCGGGUCUUCAGCCACAACAUGGUGGGGCCCAGUGACAAAGCCGCCACCACCAAGGAGCCUGUCUUUAUCCCCAGACCAGGCAUCACGUAUGAGCCACCCAGCUAUAAGGCCCUGGACUUCUCGGAGGCCCCGAGCUUCACCCGCCCCCUGGUGAACCGCUCAGUCAUCGCUGGCUACAAUGCUACCCUCUGCUGUGCUGUGCGGGGUAGCCCCAAGCCCAAGAUUUCCUGGUUCAAGAAUGGCCUGGAUCUGGGGGAGGAUGCCCGCUUCCGCAUGUUCAGCAAGCAGGGAGUGUUGACCCUGGAGAUUAGAAAGCCCUGUCCCUUUGACGGGGGCAUCUAUGUCUGUAGGGCCAUCAACUUACAAGGCGAGGCACAGUGUGAGUGCCGCCUGGAAGUACGAGUGCCUCAGUGACCUGGCUGGCUCCCUGGCGAUGGCCAGGUGCAACAGGAUGCCGAUGGCCCAGGGCCCGGGAACCUGGAAGAACGCUGGAUAAGCCACCUUCCUGCUGUUGAGUGUGUGUGCACAAGUGUGUAUCUUGGGGUGGGGCUGGGGGGAAGCAUCCAUAGGGCAAUGCCCUUAAGAUAAGCAGGCCUGGAGGCUCUGUGUAGACUGAACCAUCUGAGCUCCCACUGGCCGCUCUCUGGCCUUGGGACAAAAAGUUGGUGGACUCAGGAAAUGGUGGCUGGGGACAGACCUUGCUGGCCUGCCAUGUUUUCUCAAUAUAUGAGGGCAAUAAAAGACGAGUGGUC